AUGGACACCAGGAUCGAUGACGGAACGGCGCGCAAGCUUCAUAGUGUCUUCGAAAUCGGCACGCGAGACCUGGGGGUAAUCAAGCCUGAAGCUGAUCGUGCUGGAAACGGAGGAGUGAAUGCAGAAGUGAGCACCCCGUCAUCUCCACCAGGACGUGACGAGCAAUCGACUGCAGUUGGUUCCACGAUGGUUGGAAAGACGGCAAGGACGAGCGCCACUGGCCGACCUCAUCCCGGCCAGGGCCAAUUGCGGGGGCUGGUCGACGUCAUCCCGGCCAGCCCUAUGCAGCAAGUCGCGUGUUCUCCUCGCGAAAAUGGCACGCGAGAACCACUUCGAGGGGGAGGCGGGCCGAGCCGAGGUCAUGAUCGGCCGGCCCUUUUUUUGGAAAUCUCGGUAUCACAAGGAAAGGAACGGCUAGGACGCGGGCAAUGGUCGACCUCAUCCCGGCCAGCCCUGUGCGUGAAGUCGCGUGUUCUCGUAACAUGGUGCGCGAGAACGACAUCGAGGGGAGGCGGGCCGAGCCGACGUUAUGACCGGCUGGCCGUUUUUUGGGGCCUUUACACAAGUCGACGAUCGCAGAUGGCGCAAGGUCGCAAGAAGACGAGCCGACGCUUAGUAAUGCGCGAGAAAAUGUUGAUCGCUACAAAGGCGCUCAUUGGUUGGACCGUGAUGAGCGUCGUGAGCUACCUUUUCGGCGCAGCCCUAGAACACGUUGUGGAGGUCACUGGUCUCAGCAAUUGGAUCCUCUACGCGGCAAUUUCUGGCUUCGUCGUGCUCGCCGCAGCUUUCGUCAUCAGUGUGAUUGUGUAUGGCAUAGUGCGGGCGAUGAACCGACAAGAUAACGAGAUAGCGGUGCGCUAUACGGUGCAGGGAGAAAUGCUCAACAUGGCCUUGCAGCGGUGUGACGGGCGGAGAUGCCCGAAUCCGCUUGCAGGUGGUCGCCUAAUUUGCCAAAGAUGUGAAACGCAAUUUCACCCGCUCUGUAUGGACAGCAAAAAGAUUCAGGACGCCGUUUACUGCAUCCAGUGUCAGCAAUGGUAUUAUGUGACGUAUGGCCGUGAAAUG